GUCCUCCUCAGCAGCCACUUGAAGUUGUUGUUGUGUGUGAGCGUCCUAACAGCUGCGCCGGUGCAGUCUCUUAAACCCGCCGCUGACACUGAUGGCGAUGGAGAGUUUGAGACAGUUCCUGUUCGCUCUUUCCGCUGCCGCCGCCGUCGGGUUCGUUUCCAUAAUAUUCGUGCUAAGAUGGGUUCUCCACUUCAAGGAGGGUUUAGCCUGGGACGGAGGACUGGCCGAAUUCAACUGGCAUCCGGUGCUGAUAGUCUCCGGGUUUAUUUUCUUGCAGGGAAUGGCCAUCAUUGUCUAUAGGCUCCCCUGGACCUGGCAGUGCAGCAAACUAAUGAUGAAGUUCAUCCAUGCAGGCUUGAACUUGGUGGCCUUCAUUUUUGCUGUUAUAUCUAUGGUGGCAGUUUUUGACUUCCACAAUGCUGCCAAAAUCCCUAACAUGUACAGUCUGCACAGCUGGCUGGGACUGAUAGCUGUGAUACUGUACUGUCUACAGCUUGUUCUUGGAGUUGGCAUGUACUUGAUACCAAUUACACCCGUAUCCUGGAGAGCAGCGUUUAUGCCCCUUCAUGUCUUCAGUGGUCUUUUACUCUUUGCUGGUGUUAUAGCUGUGGCACUCAUGGGCAUCACAGAGAAACUCAUUUUUGGCCUGAGCAACCCAAAGUAUAAGGACUCUCCUCCAGAGGCAAUUUUUGUGAAUGUUCUGGGAGUCCUCCUGGUGGUUUUUGGAGCUCUGAUCCUCUGGAUUGCCACUCGACCAGCGUGGAAACGCCCCAGUGACCAGAUCUUGCAUAUUCUGCAUACCAACGGGGGAGGUGAGGACAACACCAAAGUGGGUCCAGCCCUGUCUCAGCUGUCUGAUGGAGCUGAUGCUGAAACCUCAGGCGAUGUCAGGAGGAGGAAUAACAAAUUAGAUGAUCAGACUAACUGAUUGCACAAUAACUGAGUUGGAGAUGAUACUGUCUUCAGUGCUGAAUGUAUGUACACUGGUCAGAGAAAGUCAAAUUGUGCUGAACGCUCCAAACCUAACUUGCUCUCUUGCACUUAAGUAUUUCAUUUUGUUAGCAUUUUGAGUUGUCUUUGUUUUCUGGAACAUUUAUUGUUGCAGGUGCAUGUAAAUAAUCAUGAGCUGAGCUAGAAAUAGGCUUUAUUGACAUACACUGUACACAUAAUCAUGACAGAUUUUCUAUGCUCUAAUCCUUUGUAUUCUUAUAUCUGGGUUUUCUAAAUAUGUUCAGAACCUACCUAUAUUAUACAAUAAAUAUUUGUAAUAUCAAA